AUGGACUUCCAGCACCACUACUACGCCGGCCAAGAAGCCUUCCCGCCGCCUUUGCCAAACCAUCUUAGCUCAGAUUACUCGCCAGCACUAUCCAUCAUGCAGCAGUUCCACGCAGACCUCCUCCGCAUGGACGAAGAGCAUCUCCAGCACCGCGAUUCAGCCACCCCUCCCUCUGAAGUCCCCUCUCCAUUUCCCGACGACGAGCCACUGCCCGACACCAUCCUGGGCAGGGUACGAACCUGGUAUCGCAGGCUCUCGCGUCGACGGACUAGCGACGUCUCAACCCCAUGA